AUUGUGGACAAAUAGGCUUACAAGUGUCUCUAUGGCAACCACAGAUCGUAAAGAGCCGCAUAAGCACUUCAUCAGGGGCCAUGAUCCAACGGCUCCCAUUGGAGAUGGUGCCCCCAACCUCCCGCAACAAGUAAAGGCAGGCCAGAGAGGCUCCUGGGAGGAGGAGGAGGGAAAGAGCGAGAGGUGGAGAUAAUGCUGAGAGAGGAUGGGAGAGGAGAAGAGAGAGAAACCAUUUCUCCUCUCUCUCUCUCUGAUUUUCAUUCAGCCAGUGUCUUCAACAUCCACCCAGCUCUUCUGCUUUCUGAGGACUUUGACUAUUCGGCUCUACUGUGAUUUAAUUUCUUGUGGGGUCCAAAGAACGCUUCAGAAAAAAAGAAGAGGGGACGGUGAAGGAGGACACAGCCAUGGCCUCCUGGUUCAGCUGGAACGAGCCGUAUUACCGGAGCCCCCGUCGGGACCCGGCUGACGUGGUUACCGACACCCUGAUGCUGGAGUUCAGCUGGCAGCUGAAGGAGGCUGAGAGGCAGCAAAGAGAGAGGGAGAAUGAGUACCGACGCCUGAAGACUGGGGUCGACUACAGCUGGCUGGCCAGCACACCCCGCUCCACCUACGACAUCAGCACAGGCGAGAGGCUCUGCCUGGAGGACCUCUGUGCCAAGGUGCCCCCAUCCUGCUGUGGGCUGGUCGUACUCAAGUUCAGGGAGGCCAUACAGGCCAAUGAGCCCGAGGUGCAUGAAGUGUCCAGCCUGUUCCGCUCCGUCCUCAUGGAGGCUCUGGACCACCUGAAGGAGGAGCAGGAGGCAGAGCGGCUCGCUCGCCAGUGGAACAGCAAACGUGCCAUGAGCGUUUCUCUCAUGAACUUUAGAUCCCGGAUCAAGAUCAACCCGUUUGGAAGCACAGUGGGCCUGACCUCUGCUGCGGCCGAAGGGGCGGGUCUAAGUGACCUCAAAACCGUAUCAGAGGAUGUGGAGAGAGGGAUGGGUAAGGAUGAGAGGAUGCAGAGGGUGUGGAGCAUGCCUGACUUCAGAUACAAAGGAACCAGCAGCAGUAAGAUUGUUUGAUGCAGGAGUUCACAGGGUGGAGAAGAUGAUGGUGGGACAUUACAGCAGGACUAAUGUUGUGCAGCAGUGUGUCCACUUUGCACCAGACGAGAGGAUGAGUCUGUCUAUCCUCCUGGUUUUACAGUACAGUACCAACCAGCAUUUGAUCCUGCUUUACCCUUUUAUCUGAAAGUGUCUUUUUUUUUUUCUGGUUUACCUGAAAUAUUUUUCAGUACUUGAAACGGUUUAAACUUUGCAUGAGAUUAUCACCACUUGCAGUGAUGCCUGUUCCAUUUUGCAGAGAUUUGGUGUGUAAGCACUGAGGGCUUUUCACUGUAGCCCGAUAGGGAAAUUAACAUAAUUUUAAUGGAUUCUUCCAUGAGGGAGAUGAAAGAUGUUUUAUGACUAUAAAUGUUGUACAUGCAGUUUUUGUAUAGAAGGAAAACAGUUUUAAAACAAAUGAUUCACUUAAACCAAUGAGAGAGAGUGAGUCAUGCUUUCCCUCCGAACUGCACAGAAGGAACCAGGAAUAUAAUUCAUCAUCCAAGGUCGGUGAACUGAACGCUUUCUUCCUGUGCUCUUUAUUUGCAAGAGGACGUUGGGGGGAGGCAGAAAAAAAUAAAUCAUCAAAGGCUGUCAGAUCAAAGUAAAAGCUUUCACGCAGUUUAA